UACUGUUGGGGGAAAAUAGCACCGCUGUAAUGCACAUCUGGCAAGAAUGUAGCAUAAAACGUCAUACUACGUGAGUGAUCGUUUUUUCCCCCAAUGUAGGAAACAGCACGUUGGUCAGUGUGUAAAUUGAAGUGCCAUUAGAUCAAUGGAGAAAUCAACAAAUGCAACAUAAUGCAACAAAUCAAGAACACUGGAGACUUCACACCCACACAACAUUGUCUCCUAAGAUCUUACAAACUGAAUGCAUAUAUCCAUUAAAAGAGACUGCUGCCUGUAAUUUUUCUUUAAAGAAUCAACUUCAUAUUAAAUUAAAUAAUGAACAGCUGUUGAGUACCACUAGUUAUUUCUUCUGGUGCAUCCCUGAUUCCUGGAAAAAACAACAUGGGUUGUGGAGGCUCUAGGACAGAUGCCUUGGAACCACGCUACCUGGAAAGCUGGACCAAAGAGACAGAAUCUACUUGGCUGACCAGCACAGAUACAGACAUCCCACUGUCUUCAAUCCACAACAUCCCCUCAGAGACCUCUUCCGAGGUUGCGUUUGCAUCAGAUAAAACCACCAAUUCUGAUAUUUUCGAUGAUGGCCUACCAGCUCCUGCUCAGGCAUACCUGAAGGUGUGUUCUGCCAUGUCUGAAGUUAGUCUUAAUGAUGUGAAAAGUGGCAGUCCUCAUGCUAUAUUGGUCUCCCAAGAACAGGAAGGGCUGCCCUCAUCGCCAGGCACCACACUGCAGAAGAGAAGCGUUGUUCGCACUGAAGAGAUUUGGCAGGACAACAGGAUGUCCACUAAGCAGGUGACCAUCACAGUAACUCAGAGUAUUCGUCAAGUGGACAAGAGUGGGAAGAUCAAAGAAAAAACUCACACUACUUUUGAGGUCAUGAAACCUCGGGAUUGUUUGAAGGAACCAGAAGCAGAAUCUGUUCUGAAGUGAUACAAGAACUCAACUUAGAGACUGACAUGAAAAGAUUUACAGUAUGUCAAACAUCAGUCUUUUAAAAACUGGGAUGAACAGAAGACAACAUGAAACCAAAAGAGAGGUCUGAUUUCUGGCAGAAGAACAGGUCUGUUAAAAAAAAAAAAAAAAAGCUUUUUAGGAUUAUGUAGUUUUGUGUGAUACAAGAUGCUCACUAUUUUUAUCAUUCUCCACUGCCAUGUCUUCAUUGUAAUAGGUGCAAUGGAGUUGUAUCCUGCAAAAAAAAAAAAAAAAGGGUAGAUUCGUGACAAUCAAAGCACCAAAAAGCCUCUAAAGCUAUUAACAUGGACUGUUCAAGUCAAACAGGAUUGCGCAGAAUAACAGAACAGUUAUAAAGAGCGUAAAACUACCUUUAUUUUUUCUAUAAUCCACUGCUACACUUAUGCGCUUAUCCCAGCAUUUUCUUGAUACGCCAGAGCCAUCAUCAGCCUCACAGGAGUUCCUGUUAUGUGCAAGUAGUGUUGGUGAAUGAUUGGGUACAUUUCCCACAGACAGAUGCGUUUCUUGCACGAGUUAGCGACAAGUUAUUUGUCGAUUUUCAAGAAUCAGGAAUUAUACUUGCUGAAUGUUUACAGGAACAACUGUACGGCCUUCUU